AUGGAGAUUCAAGCAAGACUAAUGGAAUACAAAUUCCAUGUCAUGAUUGCAAUCAUCGUGAGCGUGCUUGUGUCGGCCCUCGUGUACGCAGCACCAAGAAUUCUCGACACAUUAGCUUAUUUCUGGCCUUUGUUUGCGUCAACGGCGGCCUUCUUAGCCAUGGCAAUCACCUCCGGUGGCUUUCAGCAACUCUCAGAAGAAGCAACCGGCGAGGGAAUCAUGGAAUACGUCGCCGGACGGCUUGAAGAUUCUCACUAG